GCCGCGGGUUUUACGGCCGCGGCGGCCGCGCUUGGCGGCGGCGGAGCGGGAGCUGCCCAGACGCGGCGGAUAUGGCCGAGGUACCGCCGGGGCCUAGCAGCGUCCUGUCCCCGCAGGGGGACACGCUCUCCCCCUUCCCGGGAGGAGGAGGAGAGGGGGGGGGGGCUGCUUCCUCCUCCUCCUCCUCUGCCACCUCCUAUGCCGCCGCCGCCGCCGCCGCCUGCACCGGCGCCCAGGACGAGGAGGCCGAAGAGGAGGAGGAGGAAGAGGAGGGACCCGCGGGCGGACGGGAGCAGCAGCAGCAGCGAGGAGGAGGCAGCGAGGGCGGCAAGGGGGGCCCGCAGCAGCACCGCCACCACCACCGCCACCACCACCACCCCCCGCACCACAACCACCAGCUCAACGGCCUCAUCAGCCCCGAGCUGCGGCACCUGCGGGCCUCCCUCAAGGGCAAGAUCCUCGGCUCGGAGGCUGGGGCGGCCCCCGAGGGGCUGGAGAACAAGCGAGCCAGCAAAACAAUGGGCUCCGGACAGCAGCAGUCGUCGCCCCCCACCGCAGCGCCCUGCUCGUCCCCCCACGCCAACCACCUCCCUCCCCAGGGAAGGACUGCACCCUCUCCUCCUCCUUCUCCCCCAGCUAAAGGGGACAGGAGCCAGCCUGCUGCCACCACCACGACUGCUGCUGCUAAGACUGCAGCCCGCAAUGGGCUGGCAGGAGAGACUGGCUUGGAGGAGGAAGAGCAGGAGGAGGGGGAUGAAGGAGGGGAGGAGGAGGAGGAGGAGUCCCUGCAGCUACUCUCCGGGUCCUUAGCAGCAGCCUGCAGUUUGAAAGGCUCGGGAACGGACUGUCAGCCCGAGGAGGACCUAACGAUACGAUACGUCCAGUAUGAGUCAGAGCUGCAGAUGCCCGAUAUCAUGAGACUGAUCACCAAAGAUCUGUCUGAACCCUACUCCAUUUACACAUACAGGUAUUUUAUCCACAACUGGCCACAACUUUGCUUUUUGGCCAUGGUAGGUGAGGAGUGUGUAGGUGCCAUCGUCUGCAAGCUGGAUAUGCACAAAAAGAUGUUCCGCAGAGGUUAUAUAGCCAUGUUAGCAGUGGAUUCCAAAUACAGAAGAAAAGGAAUUGGUACAAACUUGGUUAAGAAAGCUAUUUAUGCUAUGGUUGAAGGAGAUUGUGAUGAGGUUGUAUUGGAAACAGAAAUCACAAAUAAGUCUGCUUUGAAACUUUAUGAAAACCUUGGUUUUGUGCGAGACAAGAGGCUGUUCAGAUACUAUUUAAAUGGAGUGGAUGCACUGCGUCUGAAACUAUGGCUGCGUUAGGAGACCCCAUCCCGGCCAGCAAGCGACGUCCCAGCAGCGCAGAGUUGUCCUUUGCAUGCAAUGCAAUUUGUCCCAAAUUGCUUUGCAAGGUGGACUUUAGUACUUUCCAUGCAGCUCUUAAACCUGUCAGUGUCCCAUUGAGUGUCGCACACAUUCGUUGCACUUUGGCAUGGCGCAUUUGUUCCGAAUUAAAGCCGAUUGUCUCAGACUCCGAGUCCUUUUGGUACCAGCCAGAUGUGCCAGGUGAUAGCCAAGAUGUGUUCAUUCAUUUGCAAGUCUGCUGACUCUUUAGGACAUCCACACAGUUGAACGUUCGAUCAGAGAAAACCUGGAUGGGAACGCCGCUUUUGGUUCCCGAAAAUUCAAAAUAAAGCCAAUGUAGAUUGUAAAAUUCUAUAAGUAUACUAACAUUUCAUACAAAAAUUGCCAUAGUUUUCUGGGGAAGAAGAAGAAGAAAAAGAAAAAAAAGGCUUCAAUUUUAGGUUUUAUUUUUCAAUAUUGAAUUUUUCCAUUCUUAAAUAUUGGUACCUCAGUGAUUAGUGAAUGAAAAAAUGUAUUGUAGGGUGGGGUGUGUGUUACAACGAGUAACCAUUAAAUUGCGUCUGCCAGUGCCUGUAUAGAUAAGUAUAUUUGUCUUCACCUCUAAGUUUGGAGUGCAUGCUUUUAUUCUUUUACUUUCUUCAGUUGUCUUUGCAAGGAAAAAAAAAAAAUCUGCUUUUAUUUAAAUUCUGGAUUUGAUAAUAAAUUACUUCAGAUUUUUAUAAUUCGGAUACUUCUCCCAAACAAGGGUUUGGAAGGCCCUUCUUACAGCAAGAAGUGUAAGCUAUUUUUGAAAACCUUGAGUAGCUGCUAAAAGAACCUGGUGGCACCAGUGAAUCUCUGCUGGGUUUGGAUGCACUUUUGUCAUUAAAAGAGUGAGGGACUUCUUUUAAAAGAAGAUAUAGAGAAUUAAUGUAAAUUGGUAUGAUUUUUAUUUAAUCAAAAUUAUUGCUAGAAGCUCUGAGAAACAGCUAUUUUAAGAUAGUUGGAACAAUUUUUUUUUUUCAGAUUCAGAUUGCUUCAGUGUUCUAAAAUGCUUCAAUCUUUGGUUCUUGGUCUUGGAAGUGAAUUUCAAGGUGUAUCAUAUUCAUUUUCAGCUGCUCUCAUUUUCUCAACUUACAUGAGCUAAAUUAUUGGGGGAUUUUUUUCCCCUCUAGAAUCAAAGCAGUGGGGAAGGAAUUCUGUCUCUCUUUCUUGCAUUCACUCUUGCUCUGUUUUUCUUUUAUUUUUUUUUCUUUCUUUAAUUGGACUUACAUAGAUUUUACCAAUACCCAUCAAUUUUUUCAGUAAUGACAGCGUCGAGGCUUUCUUGUUCCGUGUGAUUCCAUAGCCCGGGUCUGUGAAUCAAUUGGGUUGAGUUUUUCUGUGGUUUUUUUGUUUUGUUUUGUGGGGAGGUUUUUUGGUUUUUUUUGGUUUGGUUUGGUUUGGUUUGGUUUUUUUGGGGGGUUGGGUUUUUUUUGUUUGUUUUUUUUUUUUUUGAAAGACAAAAUUAAAGGUAUUAGGUGACUUGUGGACGCACCUCUGUAAUCAGAGAUCUCAAAAUAUUCAGAGUUGGAAGGGACCCACCAGGAUCAAGUCCAGCUCUGAGGUGAAUGGUCCUUACAGGGAUCAAAAGGAUGAACUCUCAGUGAAUCCACUCUCACAGAAUCGAGCGAAUUCUCCAGAUUUGCCUUACUACCCUUUUUUUUUUUUUUUUUUUUUUUUUCCUUUUUAGGGUUUGGUUUGAGUUGUGGGGUUGGUUUUGGGGGUUUUUUGUUUGUUUGUUUUCAUUUUUACUAAUUACUGUACACUAAAAACCAACAAAACCCCUACCUCCAGUAUCAUUUGGAAAAGAGCCCUGUGCAGGAAAACUGGAUUUGAGCAAAGCCGCCUUUUGCACAGACCAAUCGCACAUGGUGAUGGAGUUUCUUACCAUGUACAAAUCAUGAGUUGUAUUUGAAAAUAAAGAUUUUUAAUGGAA